AUGUCUCUAUUUAUAGACAAAUAUAGACCCAAAUCACUAGAUCAUAUGCAUUUCCAUGAAGAACUAUCACGAAAAUUGAAAGCACUAGCAAAAAGCAGCGAUUUUCCGCAUCUUUUAGUCUAUGGAAUACCUGGAUCUGGUAAAAAAACUCGAGUUUUGGCGACACUACGUGAACUUUAUGGAUCAGGAGUUGAAAAACUGAAAAUAGAUCAAAAGACUUUUAUUUCUUCUUCAAAUAAGAAAAUAAAAAUCAAUAUUAUAUCUAGUAAUUAUCAUUUAGAAUUUACACCAAGUGAUUCAGGAAACUAUGACCGAAUGGUAAUUCAGGAUCUUUUAAAAGAAAUUGCACAGACUCAGCAGGUUGACACAUCGGCAAAACAGCGGUUUAAAGUGGUAAUUAUUAAUGAGUCUGAUCAUCUUAGUGGGGAAGCACAAGCAGCAUUGCGCCGAACCAUGGAAAAAUAUUACCCCAAUUUGCGUCUUAUUCUUCUUGCAAGUUCAACAUCUAAAAUUAUGGCACCUAUUCAGUCAAGAUGUUUUUUGGUGCGUGUAUCCGCGCCUAAAUUGGAGGAAAUAGCUACCAUUUUAAAAUAUGUUGCUUCUGAAGAACAUUUUUCACUUCCUGAUCAAUUAUGCAACAAAAUCGCAUUGGAUAGUAAAAGAAAUCUAAGAAGAGCAUUAUUGAUGCUAGAAACUAUUUAUGCAAAAGAUUCUAAUUUGCAUGAAAACACGAUAGUGCCUUUGCCUGAUUGGGAGACAUAUAUUAAUCAAAUUGCAGAAUCUAUUAUACAGGAACAAACACCUGCAAAGAUUCUCCAAGUACGAGGCAUGCUUUAUGAACUUAUUACACACUGUAUUCCUCCACCAUUAAUCCUUAAAGUUUUAACAUUUAACUUGAUUUCAAAAAUCGACGAUAUUUUGAAGCCUGAAACCAUAAAAUGGGCAACUUUUUAUGAACAUCGUCUUCAACUUGGAAACAAAGCAAUAUUUCACUUAGAAGCAUUUGUCGCGAAAUUUAUGAGAAUAUAUUCUUCUCAUUAUACAGGAUUUAGUUGA